AUGGCCUCGGGCUCGUACGACGUGAGCGGCGGCCACGCCCCGGCGGACGGCGGCUCGACGGCGCAAAACAAGCCGGACAACACGGCCUUCACUCAGCAGCGACUCCCGGCCUGGCAGCCUCUGCUGUCGGCCGGCACGGUGCUGCCGCUCUUCUUCUGCUUGGGCGCGGCCUUCUUGGCCCUGGGCUUGGGGCUCCACUUCUCCUCGGAGGACAUCCACGAGCUGGAGCUCGACUACACCGGCGCGCCAGGCUCCAGUUGCUCUCGCUGCGCCAACGCCACCAGCAGCCCCACCCGCCAUGCACCUUGCACCUGCGUGCUGCGCUUUGAGCUGCCCAUGGAUUACCCUGCGCCCGUCUGUCUCUACUACCAGCUCUCCAACUACUACCAAAACAACCGGCGCUACAGCAUUUCCCGCGACAACGCGCAGCUCAGCGGGGACUCCUGGGCGCUGACCAACCCCGUCACAGAGUGCCAGCCUUACCAAAAGAACCACAAGCUUCCCAUCGCACCCUGCGGGAACAUCGCCAACAGCCUCUUCAAUGACACCUUCGCCCUCUACCAAGUGCUUCGUAAUGGCUCCAUGGUCUCUGUGCCCCUGGACAAGAGAGGCAUCUCCUGGUGGACCGACACUAACAUCAAGUUCCGGAACCCCGAAUUGGUCAAUGGGAGCCUGGCUCUGGCCUUCAAGAACACCACCAAGCCUCCCAACUGGCCCUACCCAGUCUACGACUUGGGCAACAACACGGGCCCAAACAACACGGGCUUUGUCAAUGAGGACUUUAUUGUGUGGAUGCGCAUCGCCGCCCUGCCCACCUUCCGCAAGCUGUACGCCCGCAUCCGCCAGGGGAAUUUCUCAGUGGGGUUGCCCCGUGGCACGUACCAGCUCAAUGUCACCUACAAUUACCCUGUCCUCUCUUUCAAUGGUGGCAAGAAGGUCAUUUUCAGCACACUUUCCUGGAUGGGGGGAAAGAAUCCUUUCUUGGGCAUUGCUUAUCUCGUUUGUGGUUCGGCCUGCAUCCUCACUGGCAUUGUCAUGCUAGUUGUGCAUUUGAAAUAUCGGCACCAAAAUGAGGAAGAUUAA